GAUGGAUCCAAGGUCCCCCCAAGGCGUCGGUAAAUCCUGGGCCCGCUGCCGAUGUGCUAUUUCCUCGGCUUUCUCUUCGACAGAGGAACGCCUCAAGUGCUCUAGACUGUGUAUUUUGAGAUUCGAUCUGUAUUCUGAACGCCAAUACUCCCCCGUACCGCUCCUCAAUCCUCUCGUGAUGGCCUCUCCAGACUCCUUGCAGCAAGUCUUCGACGCUGCCAAGCGUGAAUUCGAAGAAGGGCUUCCUUCGAACACGGCGUUCCGCGAUAUCCUUGCCAUAACCAGCGUCAAACAAGUGUGGGACGCCACAGAUAAGCUGCAGCGCGAGCAGCGCCAUCUUCGCCACUUGGAACGAGUCAAGCCAUUUCUCGAUCGACUUAGCAGCUAUGAGGCUGUCAUCAGCAUUUUCAUCCAGGUGAAACCCGAAGUUUUGGCUCUAGUUUGGGGCCCGGUAAGGCUUCUCCUUUUGUGGGCCAGCGAAUGGCAGCAGGGAUUCGACGCUAUCGUCAAGACGAUAGAGAGAAUUGGGGAGCUGCUUCCGCAAUUUCCGCUCGAGCAUUUUCUUAACAAGGAAUCAAUCAAGGGCGUGCUGGGGCUCUUUUACAGGGACAUUCUUGACUUCUACUUGGAAACUUUGAAGUUCUUCAGCCUGCCACGCCGCAAGAUCAUGUUCGAGACGCUCUGGCCGAAGCGUAAAGAGAGAAUCAAAGUAGUCGAGGCCAACAUAGAGAGACACGCGCGACUCUUGGGAGAGAAUAUCACCUUUGAACACAUCAGGCGGGAGGAAGAGGCUAGAAUCAAGUCGUUUGCAGAAAUCCGAGAGUCCGAAGUGUUUCGGGGAAAGCAGAAGUUUCAAGCAUUGGAGACCGCCAUCUGCCCGCAGAUGUACGAUGACAGAUUGGAUUGGUUGCGAAGGCGCGCCUGUCCGGGAACCGAAAGGUGGCUUGCGAGAGACCAGGUGUUCAGUCAAUGGAUGGACAUGGGUUCUCAGUUGACGAGAUUGCUUUGGCUGCAGGGAAUUCCAGGUGCCGGGAAGACGUUUCUUGCCUGCUGGGUCGUCACCAAGGCAAAGGAAAAGGGUCGCACUCUGUAUGCAUUUCCAAGCCAUGUCCGUGCCGACACCACUGCCAUAUCGAUUAUCCAUACCCUGCUGUUUCAGUUGGCCUCAGACGACAGCGAUCUACAGGCCCUCCUGACGGACACCAACAAACGAGAUCUGAAGAGCAAUGUGGACGUUGCCAAAGACCUCCUUACAACUGCACUCAAGUGUGCAGGCGGGACGUUCAUGGUCAUAGAUGGCCUGGACGAAGUUGAAGAGUUCGAACGAAAGCAGUUCCUGUACUCGCUCCUGGACGUUUCGAAAGCCUGCAGAGACUCGGGGCUGAAGAUCUGCAUCAGUAGCAGAGCAGAGAAUGAUAUGGUCAAGAUACUGCAAUCGAAGGCAACACAAAUUCGAGUUGAUCGCAGAAAUGCUGUGGGGAUUCAGACCUAUGUCAACAGCAGGUUUGACCAGUGGAUGGCGAGUACCGAUUUCCUAGCUGAACGGCAAAGUGAGAUUAACGCUCUGCUGUCUCCUAUUUCUACAAAAGCUAAAGGAAUGUUUUUGUAUGCUCGGAUCGUCAUAGACAACGUGGUCGAUUUGAACAAUAUCGACGAUAUCAGAAGGGAGCUGAGGGCACUCCCUGAAGACCUUGACGCUGCGUAUGAGCGAGCUCUAUCACGAAUUGAUGGACUAUCCACUAGAAACCGAGACACGGUGAAAAGGAUCCUUGGAUGGAUUGGUUGUUCUCCCGUUCCACUCACGCUAUACGAGCUUGAGCAAGCCAUACUAGUGAGCGUCGAGGCUUGUGACGACGCACCCGUCGUUGACAGCUCAUUGAAUAUCGUCAAGCUCUGCGGUCCGAUUGUCGAAGUUGUGGAUGAGACACCACAGUUUGUCCACUUCACAGUGAAAGAAUACAUCUUCAACCAUCGAACGAAGUCCGUCAGCGUGUGUGAGUCCACGAUGGAUCUUUUGGUCGUCUGUUUGACGUAUCUCUGCUAUAACGCACUUGGAGAAGAGCUCGACGAAGACCAACUUCGGGAGAACCUUCUCGCGGGGAAAUAUCGACUUCAAGCAUUUGCGUCUUCCACAUGGUUCACUCUGGUCAAGCGGUAUAUCCAGUUGACACAAGAUGAAAAUCACCUUGUUGUCAUCAACGGGUUGCUGGAAAACCUCUUUUCCGAGCUGGGGAAUCCGAGAUUCCGAAAUGACAUCGAUGAAGACACUGGGUCCAGCAGGAGGCCUUACCAGCCAGGACACUCACCAUGGCCAGAAGCUCCCGAAUUCGUUUCUCAGACCCUUCUGUUUUACAAGGACCGUCCCAAAGAUCUGUGGACAUCAGACAAUGCUCAAACUUGGACAUGUCUAGAUCCGUUGACUGUUUCAGACUCCUGUGCCAGGGUCGAGGCCCACUACAACAGUCUACUUUGUCACGAGAUCAAGAACCAACCAACGCACAAAAAAGAUUGUGUAUGUGCGAAGUUGCAACGACACUACGGGAAGUACCUAUUUAAAUGCCACUUCUUCUCAUGUCCAUUCCGCCGUGAUGGGUUCGAGACAGACACGGAAUGUGGAAACCACAUGACGAAUCACAGCAGGCCGUGGAAGUGCUCGGUGAAAUCCUGCGACUUCUCCAUUAUUGGUUUUCCAUCUUGUGCUAGCUUAGAGCAGCAUCGACAGAGGCUUCACAGGGUGGUACGCGAGAGUGCCUUCAUCCAGCCUUCGGAGUCGGACGAUGAGGCGUUAUACACCCUUAUAUACGGCCUGCUGAGCGAUGGUGAUAUCGAUGAGCUUGAGGCAAUUUGGCCAGCCUGUCGUCAAAAGGUGAACCAAUUUACCGAAGCCGAACUCAUCAAGAUGGCAGCUGGACAAGGGUCCUUGCAAAUUACCCAGCUGUUCCUUGAAUGGGACGACCAAAAACAAGAGCCUCGAAACGCCGAAGUCAAGUUCGGCGUCGUAAUUCACGAUGCCGUUCAAAGCGGCAACCUGGAGCUCACUAGGUGGAUCCUGGAGAAGGGCACUGCAUGGGGCUGCAAGAGAUCUGGGCGAUACCGCGAUGUGGUCGUCGCGGUCCUCAAGUCGGAUUCCGGCGAGGUCUUCGAUAUUUGGGAAAAUAUUGUCAAAUCUACCGAGAACUACAACGCCCACCUUGCGCAGGAAUUGUUUGAGAAGACUGUUCUCAACACAGCGAAGAGAUUUCCAGAGCAAGAAAUGCGCAUGGUCGAGAGCUGGCGGCUGCUCUCCGGGAUGGGUAGAGUAAAGCCGCCUGACCUGGGUCGGGCUCUGACGAUGGUCGCACAGACGACUUGCUCUGUUGAACAGGCGAAGGUGCUGCUUGAGCUAGGGGCGCCAAUUGACUACCCUCAAUCGGAAAACAGUAGAGGAUAUACGGCACUCCACUGGGCCAGCAAGAAGACUUCGGAAGAGGCAGCUCACUUGAUGAAGUUCUUGCUCUUUGAAGGGGCCAAGGCAAACACUCGGUUCGGCAGCGCCAGGCCGGAAAAGGAGGAAGGGGCACGGAAGAUCGAGACGUGGCUGGGCUUGACCUGGGAUAAGCUUGCGGAAUCGGCGGGUAGGGGACGGGGCCGGCAAGGCAGUCGGUCCAGCAUCGGUUCCAUCAGCGACCAAGAUGAAUGAGCGGUUGAAUCAAGCUGCCACGAUUUACCUCGAUGGCUAAUUAAUAACAUAACGGUGCCUGCGAAUAUUGAAGAUGCC